GGGAUGGGGGCCCGCGGGCUGUGGGCGCUGCUGGCCGCGCUGCGGGCCGCCUGGUGCCUGCUGCCGCAGGCCGGCUACCUGCACCCCGACGAGUUCUUCCAGUCGCCCGAGGUGAUGGCAGGAGAUAUUUUAAACCUACAGGUGUAUUAUCCUUGGGAGUUCCUUUCCAGCUCUCCUUGCAGAACAGUUGUUUUCCCAUUAAUGACAUCUGGAGUUACCUACUGGGUGAUCAAGUCUUUGCAGCAGCUGGACAUAUGUUCAAGUUGCAUCAACAGCUACACCCUUCUUGUAUCGCCUCGCCUUCUCUUUACGAUCUUUUCUUUCGUACUCGACUAUAGUGUGUAUCGGUUAGCGCCUUUCUGGGAAGCAGAUCCCUGGAAAGCUCUGGUACUUCUUGCUGGAUCGUUUGUCACUCUUGUAUUUUAUACAAGAACGUUUACCAACACGCUUGAGGGACUUUUCUUUGCUCUUCUGAUGGUAUUGGUUUCCUCAAGGAAGUCUGAUGGCACUUUAGUGGCGCCUACAAGCAGUCCUCUCAUUGGUAUCGUAACGACUGCUGGGUUUUUCAACAGGCCAACCUUUCUGGCAUUUGCUUUAAUGCCCCUGCUUUACUGGGCAGGUUUAAUUAUUGAUUCUCAAAAGAGCGUGAGAAGUGUCAUAAACCACUUUUUGAAGCUUGUCCUAUGUGCAUGUUUUACUGCCACUGUUUUCGUAACAGCUGACACCUUCUAUUUUACUUCUAUGGGCUUAGACCACCUGUACAGCAUUAAAAAGAGCAGCUUAUCUGAUGUCAUAGGUCAAUUAAAUGAGAAAAUGAUAGUAACCCCUUUCAAUUUUCUCAGCUAUAAUCUUAAUCCUCAUAACCUUGCACUGCAUGGAAGUCACCCGCGAGUCACACAUUUUACAGUCAAUGGAAUAAUGCUCUUUGGGAUUUUACAUAUUCUAGCCAUUGAUGCUGGUUUUAAAAUGCUGAAGAAAUACAUCCAUCAGUUACUAUGGGUCAGAUCACAUGACUGUGGCUCUCCUGGGCUAGUAGUGCAUUCCAAGGGCAGUCCAACAUUGCUUCUGUUUUAUUUUGUUCCUUUGGCAUUUCUCUCCCUCUUCAGUCACCAAGAACCUCGGUUUCUCAUUCCACUCAUCUUGCCAUUAGUCUUGUUCAGCACGUCACAGAACAGAGCUAUGAAGUGGAAACAUGUCAUUAUAAUUUUCAAUAUUCUUGGGGCUUUGCUGUUUGGGUGCUUACACCAGGGAGGGCUCAUACCAUGUUUGUUUCAUUUGGAGCAACUCAUGCACUCUCCAGAGUCCUCAAACCCUCCAAAACAUUAUACUUUACUCUUUGCUCACACCUACAUGCCUCCUCGGUCUCUGCUUAAUAUUGGGAAGACAGACACACAUGUAGAAGUCAUUGACAUGGCUGGAUCUGAAGAAGAAACCCUCUGCCAAACCGUAGAGCAGGGAGCAAAGAAUUUUACCUGUGCUGACUGUCAUGUUUUUGUUAUAAUCCCUGGUACAGUCAGAGCCACAAUUGCAAAAUGUGGUGUCUCAUUCAAGAAUGAGACUAUGAUAUUUCCACACUUAUCGAUGGAAGACCCACCACAAAUACCCUUCCUGUUCAGUGGAAACUGGAGAAGUCAGUUAGGACUAUACAUCCUUCAGCUGGAUGGAGAUGGGUAGAGCCUUUAGAUUUUAGGAAAUAAAUGUCAUCAUUUUUCACUUCCCUUGGGCACUGCCCAAAGGUGCUGUAAGACCUUCCUCUUCACAGACCUACCUUCAGCACUAGCAGUGGCACUGGGAGCUCCUGAGUCUCUUCAUUCCCUUUCUUCCUGCUCUUUCACUCACCAGUAUAGCCAGUUCUAGAUAGAGCCUGCUUAAAUUUUUUCUGACUUAUCCCCUGUGUUGUUCACAUGAAAUUGUGUGUUUUUACUGAUGAGAGAGGAUGAAAUCAGAGCCCACCAAAGCUGUGAUUCAAGCAUAGCUCUUUCCAUGGGAGAUUCAUUUUUUCAAGUUCUUAGAAUCUCUGACAAGGUUUGUUGCUUGUGUGGGUUUUACUGAUGAUAGACAUUAACUCGGCUGCUGGAGAGAGGUUAUGGGACUCCACAAAGCCUGCUCUAGCGUAAUAAGGUUUUAUUUUUAUGCUCUUCAAAAUCCCAAGCCUUGUCUCAGUCAUUAGAGCUGAUUGCUGUCAGGGUAUAGGCACCACCACUGGAAUACUGUCUUGGGUCAUUCUGUCUUGAAAAAUCCCCAGUGCUGAUCUGACAGAAUCUGACUUAGA